UCUAAACGACACCAACAUCACUUUAUCUCUUUUAUUAUUUACAUCAAAGUUUAAAAUUAACAAUGGAAAAAUCAUUCUAACAAUUAACACUUACUGAUAAUAUUAAUUAUCGGCAGAAUAGUUUCCAAGAGUUGCUUAAUAAUUAACCGAUAAUUACAGUUAUUACCUUUCAUCACCUCGAGAUAUAAAAGUGACCUGAAGACUUGAUUUCUUUUAAUUGUUUUUUUUUCAGGUAAAAGUGAAAAAUCAGUUUCUCAUUAAACUAAUUGAAAUAAAAUGACAAAUCAAAGUGCCUCUAAUUAAAGAUCAUCUCAUGAAUUUAGUAUAAUUACUGUGAAACUUUUUCUCAGUUUAACUUGAAAUUUAUCGAAAUUUGGGUUUUAUAUUAUCUUCCAAAGAGAUAUUAUUAUUAUCAAAAGUUUUCGACAUUGAACCCUACUGAUUACUGUUAAUUUCCUUUGAAAAUUAAUUAAUUCUUUUGAUGUUGUGAUUAACUUUCCAAGAUUAGAACCAACUAAUUACAUAAUUAUCAUAAUAUUUCACUUGUUAAAUUGGAAACCUGUUAAAAUGAUCUCAUUAUUAUCAACAAUAUCAACAGAGAUUUUGUCAACUUCAUCAGCUAAUUCAUUUAAUGAAUCAACUUUGCCAACUUUAUCCUCACUUUUGAUUGCAACUACAAUUGAUAAUAAUCAUAGUAAUAUCAACACAACCUCCACCACGAACAACAAUAGCAAUAACUUGACAUCUUCAUCCUCAUCAGUUGUCGCUUUAGUUACACACUCAUCCUCAUCCUCUUCAUCUUCAUCCUCAUCAUCCAGCUAUUCUCGUGAUGAGAACCUUGCAAUCAUUGAGAUUAUCACUUUAUCUGCAAUUUUUGUAAUGAUUGUUUUCGGAAAUACAUCAGUUCUUUUGGCACUAAUUUUAAGCCGAAUUAAACUUCGUCGAAUGUACUUUUUCCUACUACACUUAUCGAUAGCCGAUCUAAUCACAGCAUUUACUAAUGUCUUACCUCAACUCAUCUGGGAGAUAACUGAACACUUUUAUGGUGGUCAUAUAUUAUGCAAAGGAAUUAAAUAUCUCCAACUAUUGGGACCUUAUUUAUCUUCAUUUACACUUUGUGCAACAGCGAUUGACCGUUACAGAGCAAUUUGUUAUCCAUUAGAAUCUCGAUCUCGACUCAAUAGAUCUAAUCUUAAAGUCUCCAUCGCCUGGGGAUUAGCCUUAAUCUGUUGCCUGCCUCAGUUACUUAUUUUCUCAUAUCAUCAAAUACCAAAUAAUCCACAGGUAUAUGAAUGCUGGGGAACAUUUAUUCAGCCCUAUGGUGAAAGAUUAUAUGUUACCUGGUAUGCGUUUUCAUCUUUCUUUAUUCCCUUUACUAUUAUCAUAUUCACCUUUUCCAAUAUUUGCUCUGAAUUAUGGAAAAAUGGCCGACGAAUUAAAAAAGCCGGAUUAACCCGUUUAAGCGGAAAUAUUCAAUCAGUUAAUUCUCAUAAUGUUCAUCAGCAAAGUUCAAAUUUAAAUCAAUCUCCAACACAGCAGAAAACAACAUCGACCAUUCAAUCAACUGAUUUCCAUUUGAAUAGUCCAAUUUCAAGCCAUGAACCAAGUCAUGAAUCAAUUACGGUUGAUUCAUUUCGAGUAAUUACCAAUAAUCGAUUCAAUAAUAAUAAGAUGAUUAGUGAUAAUAGUGAUAAGAUUAAUAAUGUAACUUGUUCCUUAUCAUCUCCAUCAACAGUUAUCGGAACAACAGAAUCAGAAUCAAAACAUUUCCUCAGUAAACUGGGUCAUCCAUUUACUAGAAUUAAAACAUUAAAACGUCAAAAUAAUAUUGACCAUCCCAAAAUUAUUGAUCUUAAUCACGAUUCUCAGAUAAAUUUCAAUAAUAGUAACAUUAAUCUUACCCAUGAGGUAACCAACACUCAAGUGUCACAAAAGUUACAAGGUAAAAAUGAAUUAAAUGGGAACUCAAUCAAUCAUGUUACUCCUUCAUCAUUAUCAUCUUCAUCUUCAUCAAUGUUACCAAAUUCAAUGAAAAUACUUACAACAACGAGCCCAACAGUUGUAAAUCCAUCAACUACAUCAUUAGCACCUCCAACCUCAACAUUAUCAUCAUCAACAUCAACUCGACGAACCUCUAGUAUCAAUACAGAUCGUUGUACACCUCGAAGCCAUUCAACAGCCUACUUUUCAAAAGCCAAAAUUAAAACAAUCAAAUUAACGGUAACAAUAAUCAUGUGCUAUAUUUGCUGUUCAUCGCCGUUCAAUAUCGUUCAAAUGUGGGCUUAUUGGGUUCCAGGAGCUCGGGAAAGUUCAUUGUGGCGAGGUCCAUUAAUUACAAUUGCGAUGCUACUUCCGAACCUUAAUAGUUGCGUUAAUCCUUGGAUUUACCUGUUCUUUAAUCGUAAUUUAUUAACUACUCUAGAAAAAUUAUGCUGCUCAUGUUCAACUAAUCAGAAUAAUAGUAAUCAAAAUAAUAAUCGUAAGCAUCUUGAAGAUUCAUCGAUUAACGCCGAAGCUCAUAGUUCAUCAAUCAAUAGACAUGGAUCAAGAGCGAUUUUCGCUAAUCAAAAGAUGACAAAAUAUUCUGAUGAUAGAACGAGUGUUGAUCACUAAAUUAGAAUUAGUAAUUUAUUCUGAAAAAUAUUUCAAUCCAUUAAUUGUAUUAUAAGUUACCCAAUGAUAAAGUAAUUGUAAUUAUCUUUCCAAUUUGAUUAAAAUUAAAAUGAUUGAAACUUUUUUGAACAA